ACCUUCUCAAAAUGCAAAAGAACAAUUUCAAUAGGAUCAAAAGUGAGGAAACAAAAACUUAAGAGGAUGUGUUUGUUCGUCCCAUGUAUUUGUAAAGAAGUAGAAAAAGAGCUAGGAAGAAAAGCAGCAGCAGGGGCAUGUCCUUACUGUGGAGGAAAAGUACAAGCUAUAGAUGUAGAAAAACGUCUCAGAUUCUGCUUUCUCCCCAUUUGUUUUAGGUUCAAGAGGAAGUAUAUCUGUACUUUCUGUUCUAGGCGUUUGGUUUUGUAUUCUUGAUUAAAAGAUAGUUAGCUCCUGUUGUGUUGUAAUUUGUCUAAUUUUGGUUAAUAGAAUGUAGAGGAGGAGGAAGGUGGUGUUGUAUUCUUUAUCAACUUCCUUGAAGGAAGUUUAGUUCUUUCUUCUUCCUCUUUAUUUUUUUUUUUAAAUUGUGUAAUUUAUAGCCUGCGAUUAGUUUUACUUUCUUACCAU